CAGCGCUCACAGCCUCUUGACCACCCAUAACACCUUGUUUAUCAGAAGCAGGAUUAAUUAUUUAUUAUUGUAAGUUGCACUUUGAGAGCAUUAGAAAGCCUCAGUUUAGAAUACUUGAUAUUGUGUUGGCCAGUGAAGCGCAUUCUGAUCCCAGUGAGCGUCGGGCUGCUGGCGGCGGCGCGGGCGGUCACUGCGUCUAUAGUGAGGCAGUGUCUGUCUCCCGAGGCGACGAGGCUGCACGUCAGGGACCCGCCUGGCCCAUGGAGGGGUCGACUCUCUAUUAGGUGUAAAGAAGAGUGAAGCAACAGCAUGGCCUCAAGCUCGGUCAGCCAGGAGGACGUUGACCUGGACUUUGAGACAUCGUCACGCAGGUCUCGCAUCCGCACAGCCCGAGCCAGAAACAUCAACCCACCCUCCCGCCCAGGUGAAGCUGAUGAAGAAGGUGAGGCCAGUGAGAGGGAGACUGGCACUGGAGGUCUUUUCCCUGGGUCCCAGGACCACGACGCAAGCCCCAAGCCAGCCACCAGGCUUAAGGAGAAGAGGAUGAACAGGCCCAACCACACUAACAAGGGGAAACAGCAACGUGACAGACGAAAACUGCGAGAGAAGAGACGUAGUACUGGUGUGGUCCACCUUCCUUCCACUGAGUCUACUGGAGGGAGCACUGGUGAAGAUGAAGAGCUUCUGUCCAUGACAGCUGAGACCCGACGCAACACUCAUUACAACGAACAUCCAGAGAAGGAAAAGGCUACUCCCAGCUCAGGGGACUACCACCAUCACCAUCAUCAUCAUCACCACCACCACCAUCACCACUCAGCAAAUCAAGGCUCUACACCAAUGGCUGAUCACAAGCACAAGAAAUUCACAAGUCACAGAAACAAAAGCCCAAGUGACCUUGAAGCUGAUGAUGAGGAUAACCAAGAUUAUGACUCCCUGACUAUGAGUGACUCCACCUUGUCCCUAGUGCAGCCCGCCUCAUCAGCCAUCACCACUACACAUGCUACCACCACACAUGCUACCACCACACAUGCUACCACCACACAUGCUACCACCACACAUGCUACCACCACUCUUCAGGCUACACGUCCCCCUGCCAAUGGCCGGCCUGCAACACCUACUUCAGAGAGUGUUGAUGAACUGCUGGAGAGUGCCCGAGAAGAAAAUCGUCGGUUACUGGGUUUGUUGGAGGAGAGAGACCGCCGCAUCUCCUCGUUAGAAUCUCGGUUGUCUAUACUGACUGGAGAGUUGACUCAAGCCUCCACUGAACGCUCUAAUCUUCGGCAAGAGAAUACAGCUCUAAUACGGGCUAUGGCAUCUCUCACAGCUCAGUAAUAUUCACACACACAAAAAAAUAAAUAAA